GUUACGUUCAUUUUCAGCUCGCUUUGUACUGGAGCUCCCAGCCUCCACUCUAUUUGUACUUACAACGGUUUAUUGUUUGCAGAGUUAAGAUAGAAGACACACAUCGUCCCUGUCAUGGAGUCACAGGUGAUGACCAACCCUGAGGAAAUUGCUAGGCUCUACAGAGAACUCAGCCUCUUCCCUUCUUUGAGCAGAGCAAAUACGGGACCUGUCAUCACCUCUCAGUAUGGAGGCAAAUACAGCAACAUCUACACAGAAUGGAGCCAGCGUGAUCUGGAGAGGAAUGAGAAUGUCAAGUUUUGCCGACAGUACAUUGUAUUCCACGAUGACAAGUCGGUGGUUUACUCUGGAGCCUCAGGAAACUGCACUGAAAUUAAAGGAGAGUUGCUAAGUAAGGAUUCCCCUUCGGGUGAAAUGAAGGCUGUUGUCAGAGAGUGCACCAUCAAAGGAGAGGACAAACAGUUUCUGGAGAUCUGGAGUAAAAACAUCAAGAUGAAGAGCAUCAAUCUAACAGCCUUAAAGAAGCAUGGCAAAGUCUAUGAAGAUGAGCAGUUUGGCUGCUUGGUUUGGUCCCACUCUGAGACCCACCUCUUGUAUGUGGCAGAAAGGAAGAGACCUAAGGCAGAAUCCUUCUUCCAGACUGAGUCACCAGAGUCGUCUACUGUUGGGGAUGAGGAGGAGACCAUGAGAGUGGAGAAAAGGGAGGCUUUAAAAGGGGAGAAGUUUGUCUUCCAUGAGGAUUGGGGAGAGGCACUGGUUGGUAAGUGCUGUCCAGUGCUUUGUGUUUUGGACAUUGAGGGUGACAACGUCUCUGUGUUGGAGGGAGUGCCUGAAAAUAUCUCACCUGGACAGGCAUUUUGGGCUCCAGGUGACACAGGUGUGGUGUUUGUAGGCUGGUGGCAUGAGCCUUUCAGACUUGGCCUCAAGUACUGCCUCAACAGGAGGUCAACUUUGUUCUAUGUGGAUCUUACCGGUGGGAAAUGUGAGCAGCUGUCAUCAGACACCAGUGCAGUGUGCUCCCCCAGACUGAGCCCAGACCAGUGUCGGAUUGUCUACCUAGAAUGUUCUGUCUAUGGACCACACACGCAGUGCAGCAGGCUCUGUAUGUAUGACUGGUAUACUAAGAAGACCUCAGUGGUGGUGGAUGUGUUGAAGCGACCUGGAGAGGAUGGCUUUACUGGUAUCUACAGCUCUCAGUUGUCCCCUCAGUGCUGGUCAGCUGAUAGUCAGCGUAUUAUCGUUGCCUGUCCUCAGCGCAGCCGCAAGGAUCUAUUGAUGGUGGAUAUAAGCACAGGGAACAUCACCUCUCUGACUUCAAAGUCUGAUGUUGGUAACUGGUGUCUGCUGAACAUAGAGAGAGAUCUGAUGGUGGUCAGUUGCUCCUCUCCAAACUGCCCUCCAAGUCUGAGGGUGGGUUUCCUUCCAGCCAGGGAUUCUCAGGAGGAAGUAGUCUGGGUUACUUUGGAAGACUCUCAGACGUUGCCAGAUAUUGACUGGCAGAUCUUGACUUUCACCCCUCCCCCAGAGCAAGACAACAGUCAAUACCCUGGCCUUGAUUUUGAAGCUUUGCUGAUCAAACCAAAGGAGGUUAAGGAUGGAGUGAAGCUGCCUCUUAUUGUCACUCCUCAUGGGGGUCCUCACUCAGUGAUUGUAGCUGACUGGCUUCUGUCCUCUUCUGUGCUGUGCAGGAUGGGCUUUGCUGUAUUACUGGUAAACUAUCGUGGCUCUCUCGGCUACGGCCAGGACAGUAUCUUCUCAUUACCUGGCAAUAUUGGCACCCAGGACGUCAAAGAUGUUCAACUUGCUGUUGAAAGUGUUCUGAAAGGUGGCGGGUUUGACAUGCAGAAGGUGGCAGUUUCUGGGGGCUCCCAUGGUGGUUUCCUGGCCUGUCAUCUGAUUGGCCAGUUCCCAGGGUUCUACAAGGCCUGUGUGGCUCGCAACCCCGUCAUCAAUUUGGCCUCUAUGAUUGGCAGCACAGACAUCCCAGACUGGUGCAUGGUUGAGGCUGGCUACGACUACAGUGCAGACUGUCUACCUGACCCUGCCGUUUGGGAACAGAUGCUGAACAAGUCCCCCAUUAAACACGUCACACAGGUACAGACACCAGUAUUGCUCACCUUAGGGGAAGAUGACAAGCGUGUACCUAACAAGCAAGGGAUUGAAUAUUACAGAGCUCUGAAAGCAAAGAAGGUCCCAGUCCGGUUGCUGUGGUACCCAGGGAACAAUCACUCUCUCUCCAAGGUGGAUGCUGAGUCUGAUGGCUUUAUGAACAUCGCUCUGUGGAUAAUUCAACACUUGUAUCAGUGAUGGUAAAUAUCAGAUAAAUACAUGGUAGUUUGCUAAUGCUGUUGUUGCAGCCAGGAAAAGACAGCAGGACACUACUGUGUGUAAGGGAUAUUCCGCUCCUGUUUCCAGGACAGUGUGAGGUCCAAUCCAAAGCCAAAGCAUUGAAAUUGCUCUCCAACCAGAACACACUUUGUAUAACUGUACUUUACUUGUAAUUUAUCUGUGGCUAUGUUGAUUGCCAUGAUUACUUCCAAUAAGUGGAUGGGAAAAUAAUUGUUUUAACGCAGCACUCGAAUAAAAGCAGUUUUGAUUGUAAUCAGAAAGACAUUGUAAUGAUAGUUUUUUUCUUUUGCAGUCUACAUACACACAGAAAAUAAAGGGCUUUUCAGUGUGUUAGUUGUGUUUGAGGUUAAAUUAACAAAGUUAAAACUGUUUUGAUUUGUUCAUACAGUGCACUUAAUAAAGCGAUUGUUAAAACAC